CAAGACAAGACCGCUGCCGCCGAAUUUAAAGAGACAGUCGAUAGUUAUUUUAAAUACGAUAAACGGCAACCAUUGUCCCCUUUAGCUUAUUUCCCGACGCUUCUUGUCUCGGCUUGUUUUAAAUCGAUGGUGAUGUUUAAUCAAAGUCGCGGCGAGUAGCAGCUUGUCUGUCAUCACCCUCCACUCUGCUGGGUUUUCCGUCCUCUUUUCUGCUGCUGUGCCGAGACUGUCCAGCCAGGCAAAGUAGGGCUGCUUGCUUGCUGGCAGGCUGGCUUCCCGACCGAGAGGAAGGUUUGUCGGCUAGCCAACAACUGGAGGUACACCGAAGGCUUUCCCUCUCUCAAGUUGUGGUGUUUGGUAGUGGCUCCCUCCCCCGUGUCGCCGGGAUAAUGGCGAAGAUUCAGGCACACAGCACCGCGAAGCAAAUAAACCAAAUUCAAGACAAGCCUUACGUUAUAACACAAAAGCAAGUGCAGCAGCAGCACUUCCAGAAGCUGAAGGUGGAAGAUGCCUUGUCAUAUCUGGACCAAGUCAAGAUUCGUUUUGCAAACGAUCCUGGCAUAUACAACAAGUUUCUUGACAUCAUGAAAGAGUUCAAGUCACAGAGCAUUGACACACCGGGCGUGAUAAAUCGUGUGUCACAACUCUUCCAUGGACACCCGGACCUAGUUUUAGGCUUCAACGCCUUCCUACCACCGGGCUAUCGGAUAGAAGUCCCCAAAAAUGGAGUGGCUUUCCUCCAGUCUCCAUUCUCUACACAGGUUUCCCCCACUCAGCAGGGGAAGAGUGUCACCACCUCUGCAGUGACCGCCACCUCAGGUAGUGCCUCUGCCGCCAGCAUUGAAGCCGGACCUGCCCAGACCAGUGAAGUUAAGGCGGCCUCAGCAGAGUCCCUAUCUUCCCCAACUUCAGCAGGACCUCCAGAGCCUCCCAACAGACUUUCCCUUCCCUUGACGAGCAGAGAGAGCCAGAAUCAGGCAACCACCUCGUCUGUGUCCCCACCUGCUUCAGAGACGAGUCCCGUAGAGUUUGACAGUGCCAUUAGCUAUGUAAACAAGAUCAAAAACCGUUUUCUGGACCACCCAGAGAUUUACAGAGCCUUCUUAGAGAUUCUUCAUACAUAUCAGAAGGAGCAACUGGAGGUGAAGGAGAGCCGUGGCAGUCGAGGCAGCAGUGGGAUGACAGAAGACGAGGUGUUUUCUAAGGUUGCCAGUCUCUUCAAGGGACAAGAAGACCUGCUGGCUGAGUUUGGACAAUUCUUGCCAGACGCUAAGAGAUCACUGUUCACAGGGAGCUCGCUGACUGGAGGGAAAGAGCAGCUGAAAAGGCCGGAGGAAGAGGACACGAUAACCAAACAGAACAAAAAGAGGCCCAGACCCAUACUACUGCAGCACAUGUCUCCACUACUCAAGAAAAAAAUGAAGUAUUCGUGUACCAAAGAUCAGUCCUUUGCUUCAGUUGGCAAACAUGGAGUCUUACGGGAAUUCUCCUUCUUUGAUAAGGUUCGUCGCCUGUUUAAAAGCCAGGAAGUGUAUGAGAACUUCCUGCGCUGCAUCGCCUUGUUUAACCAGGAAGUAGUUUCGGGAGCUGAGCUGCUACAACUAGUCACUCCUUUCCUGGGGAAGUUUCCUGAACUGUACACACAGUUCAAGUCAUUUCUGGGGGACAAAGAGCUCUCUCAUGCUGUGUCAGGGCUGUCGGAUCGCUACAUGGAGGGGGGAGGGGGCAGGGAAGUGGAUUACGCCUCCUGCAAGCGCCUGGGGUCCAGCUACAGAGCACUGCCCAAGACCUACCAGCAGCCUAAAUGCAGCGGGCGCACAGCCCUAUGCAAGGAGGUGUUAAACGACACCUGGGUGUCAUUUCCCUCCUGGUCAGAGGACUCCACCUUCGUCAGUUCGAAGAAGACUCCUUAUGAGGAGCAGUUGCAUCGCUGCGAGGAUGAAAGAUUUGAGCUGGACGUCGUUCUAGAGACGAACUUGGCCACCAUCAGGGUGCUAGAGAGUGUCCAGAAGAAACUGACCCGCCUUUCACCAGAGGACCAGGACCGGUUCAGAUUAGACGACUGCCUGGGCGGCACCUCUGAGGUCAUCCAGCGUCGUGCUGUUUAUCGGAUCUAUGGUGACAAAGCCCCCGAGAUCAUUGAGGGACUGAAGAGGAGUCCCGCCACCGCUGUGCCUGUGGUGCUCAAGAGGUUGAAAGCCAAAGAAGAGGAGUGGAGAGAGGCCCAGCAGGGUUUCAAUAAGAUCUGGAGGGAGCAGUAUGAGAAGGCUUACCUGAAGUCCCUCGACCACCAAGGAGUCAACUUCAAACAGAAUGACAUGAAGGCCCUGCGGUCAAAGAGUCUUCUCAAUGAGAUUGAAAGCGUCUAUGAUGAGCGUCAGGAGCAGAGCACAGAAGAGGGCGGUGUUGGCCAGCAGGGUCGCAACGGUUCUGGCUCGGCCUCAUCCAGCGAGCCUCACAUGGUGUUCAGAUACGAGGACAAACAGAUCCUGGAGGACGCCGCCUCGCUCAUCAUCUACCACGUCAAGCGUCAGCCCACCAUCCACAAAGACGACAAGGACCACAUCAAGCGCAUUAUCCAGCACUUUGUCCCCGACCUGUUCUUCUCCCGCCGCGGCGAGCUCAGCGACACAGAAGACUGGACAGAUGAGGAGGCCGAGCCUGAAGAGGGAGGCGAGAGAGGAGGAAGUGGAGCGCCAGCAGCAGCAUCGGGAGGAGGAAACGGCAACGCUAACAAUGCAUCUGGAGCAGCAGCAGCCACAGGUAGUCAGUCUCUACCUCAACCUCCACAGUCACAGUCCCAGAGCCAGACCCAGUCCCAGUCCCAGUCCCAACCACAGCAGCAGCUGAAUGGUGAGUCCAGACGGAGGCGCUGCAGCCCAUCCCAACCUGCAGACACAGAGGCGUCCACCACAUCCAGUAGCACGAGCCAGCCCACAGCGACCAGCGGAUCCACGCCUGGAUCCACACCCAUGGAGACGAGCUCAGGUGUAACCGGGGAGAAGGUGGACCUGCGCGACCCUGAAGCAGAGCACCAGAAGGAGAUGGACGGCGUCUACAAUCUUUUCUUCGUCAACAACAACUGGUAUUUCUUCUUGCGGCUGCACCAGACUCUGUGCUCGAGGUUGCUGCGGGUUUACCGACAGGCAGAGCAGCAGCUGCUGGAGCACCGAGCAGAGCAGAGCAGAGAGAGGUUGCUUAUGGCGGAGGGAAGGAGGGAAAAAGCAUGUGACCUCGCCAUGGAGCUCCGCCUCAAACAGCCCAGUGAGGUGGAGUUGGAGGAGUACUACCCAGCCUUCCUGGAUAUGGUGCGCAGCCUGCUGGAUGGCAAUCUGGACUCAACACAGUACGAAGACACACUGAGAGAGAUGUUCACCAUUCACGCUUACAUUGGUUUCACCAUCGAUAAGGUCAUUCAUAACAUCAUUCGGCAGCUGCAGCACCUAGUGAGCGACGAGGUGUGUCUGCAGGUUGUUGAAGUUUACUUGGCUGAGAGGAAGAGAGGGGCAGCAGGGGGGAACCUCUCCUCGCAGUGCGUCAGAGCGGCCUGGGAGACGAGCUACCAGUGGAAAGCCGAGAGAGUCAUGGCUGAAGAGAACUGCUUCAAGGUGAUGUUUAUUCAGAACAAGGGUGAUGUGACAAUGACCAUCGAGCUGCUGGACACUGAGGAGGCUCAGGCUGACGACCCGUUAGACGUACAGUGUUUGUCCAGCUACAUGGAGCAGUUUGUAGGAACGGAGUCCAGUCUGUGUUCUCAAGCAGACGGGUACUUCUUCAAACCUGUAUUUCUGCCCAGGAACCUGCGUCGUUUCCGUCGCUGGCAGGUGCAGCAGGUGGAGGCGAUGCGCUGCAGGAGAGAGUGGCACCGCCAGCUGGGCGUGGAGAAUGCUGGGAGCCUGGACUGUCGCUUUAAACUCAACACGCACAAGAUGGUGUUUGUCAUGAACUCUGAGGACUACAUGUACCGCAGAGGGGCUCUGGUCAAGGCCAGAAAGUCGCAGCACAGAGUGGCGGUGAACCAGCACGAACGCUUCGACAAGUGGCACCAGGGCUGGCUGGCCAAUCACGUGACGGCCUCGGCUGAGCGCUCGGUGCAAAAUUGGCUAAUGGGCGAGGAGGAAGAGGACAUGAUCCCCUGCAAGACGACCUGCCUGUCGACUGAGGUGAAAGGUCAGACGGUCAACAGAUACCAAGUUCAUUACAGCGGUAGCAAAGCGCCCGCCUCUCCGUAGAAGCCCGCACAGAGACAGGACGUACAGGACGCACACACACAGGUAAAUGCAUGGACGUACAGGACAUUCAUACACUAAACACAGACAUACAGCUGCAGUCCACUUCUCCACCUUCCUCCACAACACUCAUUCACUUUCAGCCGUGGAUGAAGAAACUGGCAGAGACACAGUGCAGACUCUGGACUGUGAGUCAGUGAAUGAGUGCACAGUGAGAGGAGUGACGUCGUGGAGAACAAAAAACAAAAAAGGACCAAGACGGGCGGUGACGUAAUCAGCGAGCGUUAAACUCGGAAUGAGUCGGACACAACGGCACAAAACGGAGGUCAUCACCCUCAGCAUCCUCGUUCUAGCUUCUUCGGUGGCACUAAGAGCUGAUAAGACUGAUGGACGGAGACGGUUGAUCAGGCGACAAGUUUAUGAGAUCAUGGAAUUUGUUUCAGAAAUGUGAAUGUCUGUUUCUUUCUUUCUUUCUUUUUUUUUUUUUUUUAAAGUCAAGUGUAGUUUUUAGCUUCUAAAGCCAGAGAGCCUUCUGCUUGCUGGUUGAUUUAUAUGGAGAGAUAAUGGUAAACGUGUGUAUGUAUGUGUAUUCUGCUCUUUUCAUUUUGUCUGUUUGUAUGCCCAGUACAGGCUCCACAGCUCUAGUAAUUACAUUAUUACUGUAUGUGCAUAUAUACAACAGAGUUUUUAUAUAUGCAUCUACACGAGUCGAUUGAUACAUCUAAAGAUCACGUGGUUAUUUACAGUGUGUGCUGUCAGCCAACUCUUGAUGUUUGCAUUUUGGAGGUUUCUUUUUGUACUUUUUCCCUUUUUUUUGUUGUUGUAGCUAAACAAGUUAUCACCAGGGCAACAAGGAGUCCUUAAAAUGAAUUGGUUUAAUAUUGAUAAAGCAAAUUAUGUAUCAUAUUCAUGAUUUCACCAAAUGUUUACUUUGCAUCGUCUUUUUUUUUCCUUUUGCAUACUGACAUUGAAAAUGAAAGCAAAAUAUCAGUGUUAAAAUAGAAUGUAUAACAUUUAUCCUGUAUCAGUUAUC